AUGUGGGGAGAAAGUAGUAAAAAUUGUGAGAUCAACUGCCAGUGUUCUGGCCUAAUUACUGAAAGCUUCAAGAUAAACUCCGGCAACAAUGCUACGAAACGGAAACAGGAAGACUCGUUAACAAAUAACUAUAAAAUUAAGAUGAACCCUCACACAUUAGACUUCUCAAAGUCACCUAUAUCUCCAAUCUACACACCGACAAAGCGAAGAAUCCUUGGAGAGAUACAAAUCCCUAAAUCUCCACUUGACAGGCUAAAAUCGCCCCUAACAAACUCACCAAAACAGGUUCAACAGUUCAAGUCUCCGUUACAAGCGAUAAACUCACCGUUAUUGAACAGAACUUCACCGUUCCUAAAUCAGAGCUCACCGGUGACGGGUAAAAGUUCUCCGUUGUCUACUAGGGUGAAGCGGUCAAGGAUUACAAAAGUUAUGGAGGAACGGAGUAAAUUUAGGAUGGGUAACAAAGAGAAUAGUCCUCAGUUAAUGAGUGAAACAUUUGUUAAAUUGGAUGUUGAGGAAGAGACGAGAGACUUUCUCUUCGGUAACAGAUUUGAGUCUACGAGGGAGAAAAUUACUAACUGGUCUAGCAUGAAGCUGGACUUCUCACACACAAUCCAAAAGUCACCCAAACAGGACAGCUAUGUGCCUGAAAAAGAAAUAACACAAGACUUAGACGAAAUCGACACACUACAUGACUUGGAGCAAGAGUUUGAAGCAGACAACUUCGAUGAGUGCACCAAAUAUGAGAUCAUAUCUACGGAUAGCCCGGACAUUAUAUCCAGAGGCCGAACUACCUCGUCAAGGAAAGUCUGCUCUAGAAACUUUGUCUUCGGAGCACCGUUAGCAGAUGAAGAAGCUUCGACCAGCUUCAACAAGCCAACGGUGUCUGCCACAAGAAUGUUGAACUUUGACGAUGAAGAAUUUGACUUUCCUUCUCCGGUGGUCAAGAAACAAGCUGCCAAAAAGUCUUUAAAAUUCACUGAAACACCUACAAAACUGACACAUGAAAAAAGUGAUUCCAGUAUCGGUUCUAUGUCUUUAAGUCAGUCACCGGUGACAAAAAUGUAUACUACAGAGUCCACCACUUCAAUGGAGAGCGGUUUCAUAUCUGAACUCGAAGAGCCGUUCCUAGAAAUCGAUGAAUCAAACUCACCUAAACUUGACAAUUUUAACGAUUUGCUCUCCGGACAGAUUAAGUCAAAUGUCAGUAACGUCCCACAAGAGAAAACGUUCUUACGGAGACCGUUAAACAGAAGUCUGAGUCUCAACCCUGAAAGUAGGGCAAGAGUAUCGUUAUUCUCAAUCUUAGAGAAUCCUAAUAUGCAACGGAAUAAGAAGAGAGUGGACCGAAGUGAAAAUGAAGUAGCCAAUAAGAGAAGACGGUCGAACUGUCAUAGUCCUAUUCCGGAGAUGAGUGAACGGCCUCAGAGACCUGUUUUGCAACGAGCUUACUCAGAGAAUAAUGCUCUCAUCAUGUCUGCGAUGGCUCGAUCAAUCGUGGAUCCGGAUUUAAUAGGAGACUUCUCCGUGCCAUAUGCUCUCCCCCUGACGGAGGGAGACCACUCCGACCUGAAGAGCAUCUCCUGUGACACCCUCGCUGGACUCCUGAGGGGGGAAUUUGAUAGUGUGAUCAGUGAUUUUCAGAUCAUCGACUGCCGCUACCCGUACGAGUUCGAGGGCGGGCAUAUAGUGAAUGCAAUCAACUACUACACUCCGUCGCAGAUCAUGACGCUGGUCAAUAAGCCGGAGCCUCCGAAGAAGGACGGCCGGAGUAUACUCGUGUUCCAUUGCGAAUUCUCUAUUGAGAGGGGUCCUAAGCUCUCAAGAUUUCUCCGUUCAUCAGACCGUGCCAAGAACAAAGACCGGUACCCAUUCCUGAGCUACCCAGAGAUUUAUCUGCUGUACGGAGGAUACCAGGCCUUCCACCGGUCACAGCCAGACCUAUGUGCCCCAUUCGGAUACACCCCAAUGAGGGAUCCUAAACACGCUCAGUCAUUAAAAGAACAUAGACAACACCGGUAA